GUUUGUGUGUUACUUUUGCGUUCUGUUAUAUUCUGCUUAACUGUUGAAAUAAAUAAGCAGCUAUUUCCACAAUGAGUGCAAACAAGAAUAAGGAGCACGUUUUCGAAGUGGAUAAAGAGGCGGUCAAACAAGUAUUCGACGUCAUGCCUACUCUGUACCGACGGUUGUACAUCAAUGAAAAAAUCAGCUUCUUGCCGAUUGCUGUUCAAAAUAAAAUUGUAGCUCUGAAAAAUUUGCAGUACAAGCAAAUCGAAGUGGAGGCAGAAUUCUAUAACGAUUUGCAACAGUUAGAACUACAAUUUGAGAAACAAUUCAAGGCAUUGUAUGAUGAGCGUUCUAAAAUUAUAAACGGCCUCAUUAAAGUCCCCAAGACGACUCCCAAUUGGAUUGAGUCUGGUGAUAAGAAAAUUGGCAAGCAACUUCUCGAACGCUUUGAUAUGGAGAGUUUCGCCAAGAUUUUAAAAAAGUUCAAUAGUGUUCCCAAAAAGUGUAAGGGCAUUCCCGGAUUCUGGUCGACUGUACUCAGAAUUACGAUUCCGGAAUUUAUUCAAAAACAUGAUGAGCCAGUCCUAAAAAAACUUACAGACAUCUCUAUUCACUAUGAUGCUGACAGAUCGUUUACAAUUCAAUUCCAUUUUGACAAGAACAGCUUUUUCCCAAAUGCGAUUCUUACAAAGAAAUAUUUCCAGACUGUUACUGUGGAUGAGGAUUAUCCGUUCUAUUACGAAGGGCCGGUAAUCUACAAAUCUGAAGGGUCUGUUAUUCAGUGGAAUGCUAACAAGAACUUGACUAUAAAGACCAUUGUCAAGAAGAAGAAAAAACAAAUAACUUCAAUAGUCGUUCGUCGAGCGUCUUUCUUUGACUUCUUUAACAGCAAGGAGGAAUUCAAACACAUUAAUAGUAGUCUGGCAGUCGACUUUAUAAUUGGGGAUUUCUUUCGGACCCAUAUCGUUCCAAAAGCAAUUCUUUUCUACACAGGAGAACUUGUCGAAAAGUGGGACGAUUCUGAUGAUAAUGAUAUUGAUAUGGGAAUGAUGCCGACCGAAGAUGAAGGCGCUGUUGGAGUUCAGGCCGAAAAAUCAAAUACCUCAAAGAAGAAGCCAAAUCCAAAUCCACGUACUAAGAAGUGA